AUGCCGACUCCCCGUGCCGCGGCAAUCCCGAUGCUGCUGCUGCUGCUGCUGCUCACGCUCCUGGCGCCGGCGGAUGAGCGCUCCGCCAGCGGGGGCGGCGGAGUGCGCGGGGCGUGGGCGCAGACGGACUGUCCGCUGGUGGGGCAGGGCAUCGACCCGUACUCGGCGGGGCUGGUGAACGACAAGCCGCCCGUCUACCUCUCCGUGCUGCUCAAGAAGCUCAUCGCCGUCGACGAGAUCCAGUACAGCUACAGCGCCUACUUCUCCAUCGUCACCACCUGGCGCGACCCACGAGUGAACGACACGGUGGCGAUGAACAAGGUGCUGUCGGCGGUGGGGCCGGCCAUCACGGGACUCGCCACGGCCAACUGCAUGCCCAACGUGACGUUCUCGGGCUUCAACGUCAGCCACAAGGACGACUGCCUCAAAAACACCAAACAGAACAACCUGCCGCAGAUGGAGGGGUGCAGCAAGCCGUGCACUCCUGCGGGCAUCACGUGCUGCGACGCCCUCUGGAUCCCCUCGCUCACCAUCCCCAACAUCGUCCUCUACCCGCAAGACCGCUACCAGACUGAGAGCAUAUUCUUCUUUGGGGAUUACAGCACCGACGCCAGUGCCGUCGACAGAGAGAACAUCGUUGAGGGAACAUUCUCCUCGCCCUUCACCUUCCGGAAAUUCCCCUUUGACUCCCAGGUGCUGCGGUUGGUGGUGGCGGUGGAGGGCAGUGGCGAGUUCUACCUGGUGGGGAGCAACUCGGGACGGCAGUCGGAGCAGGGGGGCGGGCAGCUGGGCGGAGGGGGAGGCACGUACGUGAAUGAUGAGGUCACGGGCUGGAAGAUUGUCAGUGUGGGCCUCAACUGCACUCCCGCUGACACCACUGUCAGCAGCUCCGCCUCCUACGCCCCUGAGGACCCGUGGAACGCCGUACCGGACAGCGGCAGCAGCAGCAGCGAUGGGGCAGCGAGCAACCAGAGCUCAACGUGCAUCUUCACCAUCCACAUCCAACGCACCAGCGCUGUCUAUGUCAUUGCUUAUCUCAUCCUGCCUUCUCUGCCUUCGUCUUCAAACCUGUCUAUGUACAAUCCAUACCUUCAGUUGACUGUACAUUCAUUUCAUCUCGCUCCUCCCCCUUGCUUCUGGCCUGUAACCGGUCUUGCCAAUCUCUCUCCUCCCACCCCUUUCUUCUGUAAACCAUUCAACCUCCCUUCCUUCUUCCCUCCUCCUCCUCCUCUCUCCUCCUCUCUCCUCCUCUCUCCUCUCCUCGCUCUCUCUAUCGCCUCUCUCUCCUCUCUCCUCUAUCGCCUCUCUCUCCUCUCUCCUCUAUCGCCUCUCUCUCCUCUCUCCUCUAUCGCCUCUCUCUCCUCUCUCCUCUAUCGCCUCUCUCUCCUCUCUCCUCUAUCGCCUCUCUCUCUCUCUCCUCUAUCGCCUCUCUCUCCUCUCUCUCCUCUAUCGCCUCUCUCUCCUCUCUCCUCUAUCGCCUCUCUCUCCUCUCUCCUCUAUCGCCUCUCUCUCCUCUCUCCUCUAUCGCCUCUCUCUCCUCUCUCCUCUAUCGCCUCUCUCUCCUCUCUCCUCUAUCGCCUCUCUCUCUCUCUCCUCUAUCGCCUCUCUCUCUCUCUCCUCUAUCGCCUCUCUCUCCUCUCUCCUCUAUCGCCUCUCUCUCCUCUCUCCUCUAUCUCCUCUCUCCCUCUCUCUCCUCUCUCCUCUCUCCCUCUCUCUCGCCUCUCUCUCCUCUCGCCUCUCUCUCCUCUCUCCUCUCGCCUCUCUCUCCUCUCUCUCUGUCCUCCUCCUUCCCUCAACCAGGUGGUGCUGCCGGUCAUCCUGAGUGUCUAUCUCACAUUCACGGCCUUCAUUGCAAAGCCAGAGGAUCUCGAGAUUCGAUUGGGGGCGUGCCUCACGCUCUUCCUUGCACUCGUCGCCAUUCAGUUCGUCAUUGACAGCCAGCUGCCGCGCACGUCAGCAAUAACCAACUUUGGGUAUCUGAUGAUCACGUCCUACAUUGUUAUCUGGCUCUGCACCAUGGAGACCCUCGUCGCCUUUUCAAUCGCCGAGCGCAUCGAGAAGAACGUGGAGGAGCUUGUCAAUGAAACGCUGCCACCCGCCCUCUCCAUGAAACGCCGCUCCGAUGCUGACACGGCAGCAGGCGAGAAGCUGAUGGGUGCUGGGGAGGACGGGGAGGACGGGCAUAGUGUUGACAGUGACGACCCUGAAGCCAUUGCGGAAGCUGCGGCGGAGAGGAGGGCUGCUGCAGCUGAGGAGAAGCAGAAGAAGAACGUCCCAUACUUGCUGAGAUUUCGGUUGUUUGGCUACCAUGUGAGGCGAUCCAACCCUGAGAGAGCCAAGGAAGGGAACUACCGGCUCGCAGUCAAAAUAGACUUCACUGUUGCUCUUAUUCUCUUCACGGGCUACACUGUCACCUGGAUAGUUUUAACGCAAUCCCACUUCCCCAUGGCUACUAGUACCACCAUGGCGGCUUUCUCGUGCCGUGGGGCCUCCCCACGUCUGCUCGUGUCGCUCCUGCUCCUCUCCCUCACCGUCUUGCGGAUCCACGCGCGCCACGGCCCCGAGAUAGCCGUUGCGGACGCUCAGCCGCAUGAUGAAUCGGAUUCCCGCAGCGGCAUUCCCGCCGGGGGUGUCGCGGAUUCUCAUGGGGGGCAGUUCGAGUCGCAGUCUCCCAAGGUCGGGGCAUCUGGAGGGCACCAGCAUGGUCCAUCAGCCGCAAGCAGCGGAGGCACAACGGCGGCCAACACGGGGAGCGGCGGCACGGCGGAGUCAAUUGCGGAGUGGAAGCGGCGAUCAGCGGAAGCGGGCGCGCACUUCUUCCCCCUGCAGCGCGCGGAAGACGCCCCCAGCAGGGAGGAGAUUCACCGGCGGAUUCUCGCGGGCCUGGGACAAGGCAUGAAGCCCCCGCAAGCGUCAGGCACGGUAUCUCAGGUGCAGGGGUAUCGUUUGCCGCUGCUGAACUACGACAGCACGCUCGUCUCAACGGCCAACGGCACAAUGGGCAACACCAUGGUCAACUACAGCACCUCCAUGGAUGACAACCAGAUCCGCCUCGCCGUGUAUCCGUACUACGUGAAUCUCAAGCUGGGGUCGCAGAAGCAGCAGUUCAGCAUGGCGCUCGACCUGCUUAUCCAAGACACCUUCGUGCCCUGCGACUGCCUGCACUGCGGCACCGCACGCAAGGGGACCCCCUCCAGCAAGCCCUUCAGCACGCUCGCCUCCACAACCCUGCAGUACAUCUCCUGCGCCGACCAGCGCUGCAUGACAGGCAUUGACAAUGGCUACUACGGCUGCAACGCGGAAGGGCUCGGCAACUACCUCAACACCACGGGCCUGCUGCCUGGGGACGACGCUCUCUGCGUGUACAGUGCGAGCGCAUCAGGCUAUGAUUACUAUGAAGCUGACUAUGAUACUGGAUUGUACCUUCAGUCGGUGGGGCAUGUGGUGGAGGAUACGAUCUACCUCACUGCACCUGACGGUACCGAAGUCAACCGGUCCAUUGUUUUUGGCUGUGGAGUGAACCAGCAGGGCUACUGGGGCAUGCAGGGGUGGCAGUACGGGUCGUGGGCAGCAGGAGGCGUGCUGGGGCUGGGGUGGGGCAGCCCCUUCCUCUGGCAGCUCACCGGCCUUAAUGACCCAAGCACCUUGGCCGUGUGUCUGGAGAAGCCCACGCCGACGAACAAGACGGGGUGGGAUGGCAAGGUGCCGCUGCAGGCAGGCAGCAGCCAUCUCACCAUCGGAGCCACCGGCCUCCCUGCCGGCGCCAGCUAUGCCAACAUGUCAUCCGUGGUCGGUAUGCAGUACAGCCAGAUCACAAUAGCCAACGCCACGCACACCCUGCACAUCACAGACAACCCUGGCUACGCCUCAGACUCUUACCUGCCGUCGGACUUCCCUAAGAACGCCACGCCGGGCUUCUACUUCAUGCCCGAGUCCUUCGUGCAUCUCCUGCGCUACCCCCUCUUGAUGGACCUUCUGGACAAGCUGGCAGACAUGACAGGGCAAGAUCUAACUUUUUUUGGAUAUGACAAGGACAUGUAUCGGCUUGUAUGCUUCAACAACAAGAAAAAGGCGGAGGAUCCGUUCACCACCUUCCCCACCAUCGACAUUGCUUUCCGCUCUGCAGACAACACCAGCGCCACCUCGCACUUCUAUCUUAAGCCACGCGAGUACCUCGCCCAGGUUGCGCCUUUGACUUACUGCGUUCUGGCCACAUACCUUCCUGCCGACAGAAACUCCUACAGCUUAAUCGGAGCCCAUCUCCAGCCACCUGCCUCCGCGGGUGCAUCCAUAGCACCUGUUCUCCAUUGCACCGUGCCGUGCUGCCAAUCUAUCUCUCAUGCUACCUUCCACCACUCACUCCUCGCUCCACACCUACCAACUGCAUACCAGCCUAACCAAGCUGAUAGGGUCGUACGGAGAAAGCAGUGA